GGAUCUUUUUCGUUUAAUUCUUUUAAAUCAGAAAUCAACAAUCUAUUAAUAGUUUUUGAAAUUCCGGCAGAUCUCCGAAUCUACAAUCCAAAGUGUAGUACUGCUGAGAAGGAACGGAAUUGCGGGUUCUACGCAACAAAUCUAAUCGUUCAAAGUUCAAAUGAAAAAUGAGCGGAAAAGCCAAUCGGUUCGGCAAUCGCAAGCAAACAUAUCGGUCAACACCAAUACAGUUCGACCCUGAUACACGUACACAUAGUGCCGAACCAUUACCGGAGCAUGUUAGUUCCGACAAAGCAAGGCAUUCACGACAUGGUGAUUCGUAUCAACGUGAAUUGGGGUUGGUGAUCAUGCUACGAGCGUUCAGAAUGUAUCAGCAGGACCGUGAUUUUAACUUUGAGGUGACAAUGGAGGAUCCUGCUGGAGGAGAUUUCGAUGACAUAAUGUUUCGCUAUGAGUCGCCACGAUUAUCAACAGGUACUGUCAGUGUACAGGCGAAACACAAACGCCUGCCAACGAGUGAAAAAUCCAAACUUACGAAGGAAAUGCUACUUCCUUCUAGGAAUAGCGACAAAAAUCCGUUUUCAUUUACAAGAUACUUCCUCUCUUUUCUGCAAGUGGACCGAAAACUUAAAACUAACACCCACAAUACGUAUGUUUUGUGUACCAAUGCAUUGUUGGAUAAAAACUUAGAAAAAUCAUUAAUGGUUAAACGAGAUCGUGUGGAUGAUUGGUUACAGUUUUCUAAUGAUAUUGAGGCAACCUGCUAUCAGAUUAAUCGUAAUAAGGUUGACAAGGAAUUAAAGGAAAAACUUAUAAACUCCUGUGCAUUAAAGCUAGCAGAACAAGUGUCCAACGGAACUGUAAUUGCUUUUGAGGAUUCACUGUACCGUGCUUUUGCCACCAUGAUCAACGAUUGUGUGCAAUCAUCAGUGACUGAGAAUUCUGCUGUGGCUAGUGGUAUUUUUAGAUUUAAUGAAGAUUUUUUAAAUGCUGAUCCAUCUUCUGAUCUUGGAAUGUUUAGAGAAGGGUUUAAAAAAGCAUAUACAAAAUUUAUAAAAAAUGAUAAAUCACAUGACAUGAAGGAAAUAGUUCUGAAGAUAGAUAUGAAAUCGUUUACAUCUGCGACCUCAGAAGGAGAAAGCUUAGAUAGAAAUCUACAGAAGUUCUAUAAAUCAUUCGUACUUGUUUGUAAUUCGCUCAAAGAAGAUGAACUGCGUGGAAAGGUUACUGACUUGCUACCUAAAUGGUGUAAUUCUCCAGUCGUAAUGGACAGCCUGCAUGAAUUAUUGUGUAAUGCAAUGUCGAGUGAGACACCUAAACCAAUCAAGCUCAGCUAUAUCAAAGAAAUGUUUAUAACAAAAGCUGCCAACAUAAAUUUUACUAAAUUCGAAAGAGACUCAAACGACUACCUCGAGGGGUUACGCCUUAAAUAUCCUUAUAUUGAAAUAGAACCAGGGCGAUUAAACGGUUCAGCUUUCGCUGUGUUUCUUAAGGAUGUGGCUACUGGUGGGGUUUAUGAGUUUAAGAGCCGGAUUGAUUUGAAAGUAUCCUCUCUUAUUGUAGCUCAAACCUUAUCGUUAUUUGAAUGGAAAACUUUAUUUGUUGAUAGUUCAAAGUUAGAAGAAAAAGAAAACUUGAUGGAAAUUCUACAAGAUUUGUUUUCGUACAAUAGAGAUGUAAAUCAUCCUACCGUCAAACUGAUAACGUUUGUAGGAAAACCAAACCAUGGUUCAAUCGAUGCGAUUGAGAAAUUGUCGAAGCAAUAUAAUCAAAAGUUCAUUGUUAUAGAGAAAAUGUUAGAAAAGCAGAAUGAGGACAACCAUUGUGAGAGAUUUUAUGUGAAUGAUCUUAUGCCCGAGGCUUCUCGUCAAUUGUUUAAAAACAAUGUACAAAAAAAGAUAUUUGGAACAGUUGUGUCACUCAACAGAAUUGUCGACAAAUCGGACGACUUGUGCUUUGUGUUAGCUUUGUUAGAAAGUUUUGAUCAAUCAAGUGAGAUGAACGACAAUCGAAACAACUGCAGCUAUGAAAAGAUUAAACACUGUUACAUUCAUCGCCAUUAUGAGCCCGAUGACGAUAACGAGCGUGAUAAGAGCGUGACACAAUAUAUGCAUCACAAUCUAAAUGACUUACCACAUUUUAAACACGAAGAUGUAUCUUUUACGGAAAUGGUCAAAUUUAUUGAUUAUACUAAUAGCACAUUGCCGGAUGUGCAGCGUGUUUUCGAUAUGAAUGAGGAAGAUCCCGUCCCACCUGGUUUCCAAGUUGGGGAUCGUGAGAAGGUGUUUGUUUUCCUGAACGAUGCAGGCCAUGGGAAAACAUCCUACUUCACCUGGCUAGCCUGGCGCUUGUCUCAACAGGAUGGUGCCUUAUAUGUGGUGAAAUUUAACGGAGUGGAAUAUUCAACCGACUUCGAACGACUGGAAAAUGGUGACUUACAAAAUAUGAACGAUACAGGAAUCGUAAGAUUUUUGUAUCGGCUUGUUCAUCUGGCUCUUUUCGUGCCAAGUGUGAAUAGACAAACAGAUGAAGAAACCGAUGUGCAUCGAGAUGAGGCUGAUCAGUGUGCGCAAUUCCUGACAGUUGUAAAUGGCCAAAUAGUAUUGGAUGAAAAAACGGCGAAAGAGCUACCAAUGAAACAACUGAUCGAGUUGCGUUUAUUCCGGACCAAGUUUAACGAACAUCAACUCGUAUUAAUUAUGGACGGAUUUGAUGAGAUCGGUUACAAGCAUGUGGUGAUGCAAUGUUUCGCGUGGUUUGCAAAGUUUGAGGGAAUACGUAACAUUUAUCUGUCAAGUCGACCGUAUGAGUUUAAGGAAGAUUUUAGGAGCAGCUUCAAAAACUGUAACGUUAAUCGUUUGAAACCAUUUUCCCGUGACGAUGUAAUAUUAUCGCACCACAAAUAUCUUCAGAAGAAUGUAGACGAUUAUAAACACUGUGAAAAGGAACAGUGCAUGUACGUGCUGACUGUGCUAUUUAUUGUUAUUACCAAUAUUCUGAGUGAUUUAACAACUGUUCCGCUACUGUUGUGCUUAGCACAAGAUACUCUCUUACCCGUACUAAUGAAACAUAUCAAUUUUAAGUUAUACACGAUGUCCAAACGUAUGUUGACGAAUGACAAAAAACUUGACUCUAUGCAACUGGUGGAACGUUUCAUUGAUCGUAAAUUGCACAUUUUAAACACAGAUAAAUCCGGCACGACAGAUGCCGCCGUAAAGACCCCCGUUGCAAAGAAACGUAUAGAACUGUCAAACAAACAGAUUAAAAAUCGACACGUUCUGUUGGCCAUGUGUGCUAUUUUCGACAAAAACGAUAGGAAAAAAUUGCUGUCCCCUGUGGAACAGGAAAGCGUCACAGAGAUGAUCGAGGAUGUGAUUAAGGGUGAAGAAAAAACGGGAAUUAUCGAAGGAAUAAGAGACGGUGUGCCUCAAUUCGUGCAUCGGAUCUUUGCCGAAUAUUUUGCCGCUUGUUGGUUGAGCAACAAUACCAAACGAUUUCAAACUGAGCCAGUUUUCCGAUCUCAAGUAAUUUGGUCGCACUCUUUGAAGAAAACGCGUGCCUUUUUUGACCGUAUGAUACUGAAGGAAAGUGAAGGUUGUGAUUUACACUGGGCAGUAAUAAACAAAUCCCUCGAACAGUUUAGAAAAAUAAUGCGCGAAAAUCGUUCUGCUAUUGCUGUGAAAGAUAAAGUUGGUCGCCUGUCGUUACAUUUGGUAGAUUUAUGUGCAGUUUACGACGAGGUGUUCUCAGAAGAUGUGAUUGCUGAUCUUGCUAAUGAAACUGAUUCCCUUUUCCAAUGGAAUGCUUUAGAUUAUGCAUUUAUUCAAAAUAAUGAAUGGGGAAUACAUUUUUUAAUGAAAUGUGGCGUACGACUAAAUGUAGAAAUCUUGUUCCAGCAGCUGUAUUCCAAUGAUGUAGAUGAUUUACUCUUUCAAGGAAUUAAUUAUGCUUACUACUUAGAAAAAUAUGCGAAACAGCCUGACACCGCAAAUACAAUCCGCACACGUUUGGUAAAAUAUUUGAUUUAUGACCGGAAGCUAGAUAUUUACUCACCCCGUACAAAAUUGAAAUUGUUAUCGGUGUUAGAAUUUUGCGUCGGUUGGAACCUUUUUGAAGAGUUUCAUCAGUUUAUUGCACAGUCUGGACAACCGGAACAGGUAUUGGAUGGGUUGGUUGAUCGGUUGUUCCAGUUGGCAUUUAAGAGAAAAGCUCACGAUAUUAUAGUUUAUCUUGUUGAUCGUUGUAAGUUUUCCCUGCCUUGGAUUAACGACAGUCAAGGUUUAAUUGCAUGUGCUAAACGUGCAAUACAACGAAAUCAAGCGGAACUGUUUAAAAUGAUCUUUCAACAGUUAUGUGCUCGACUUAUGUUUGAAGCCGUUGAUGAAACGGAUAUUAUCGAUGAAUCGGAAGUGCAAAUUGAAAACGAUACGAUCGAAAUCCAAGUUUCAUUUUUUGACAAAUGUUGUGUACUAAGCAAUAAGGAUGUAAACCAUGCACUGCCAGAAUAUUCAUUGCUCGACGGCAAUAAUGUCGAUGAAAUAUUCGUAAAAUUUUUAGGAAGAGCAAUCCAUGUCGGAAGUGUACGGAUGGCUAGUUACAUACUUCAGAAGACGAAAAUGGUUGUUACAAAUCAAUUAAUCGUUACGAUUAUGCGUUCAUUCCCGGCAUCGCCACCAUUCUAUCACAAAAAAUGUAUGCCAGCAUUCGAGUAUCUUCUCAAUAAGACGGUCGAUCUGCACAGUGUUGAUCAAGAAGGGCGAAAUUUGUUUCAUAUGAUCGCGCAAAAUGGUUGCUUCUACAUGCUACCUUGCUUGAUCGCUAAAGGCUUUGAGCCAAAGCAGAUCAAUGAUCUAAAUCAUUGGAAUGGGUUUCACUACCUCGUGUCCCGUGCAGACCAUUUUAGUUCGCGUGUGGCAAAAGCUUUAGUGUUUCUUCGACAUCUGGGGCAUAUGGAUGGGUUUAAAACGUUGAGCAAAACCGGUGAAAGCGUGUUUGAUAUUGCAAUUACUAAUGAGCAUUAUAUCGCAGCACAAAUGUUAUUUGAAGCAGAAUAUUGCAAUCUUUCCUAUUCCGAAAAAGUGGAUGCAGUGAUGGAUAUUAUGCAACAAAUGCUUUUAAAGCAUGACGCAGAAUAUAUUUUGCGUUUCUUAUUCAACUCAUGUUGGUAUACUUUGACUUAUGAAUUAUUGAAAAAUGAGAUGUGGCAUGCAGUUUACAGCUCUAUCGUUCAACAAAUACCGGUUGUUUGAUGUCAAUUUCUACUUUUGUUGCUGCAUGAAUAUUGGUUGUAUAUUUUUAUUAUAUCAAAACCCUUCUGGAUCCUUACACCAUGGCAAGUACUAACAAUUCGGCUAGUUGGCUAAAAUAAGUUCAGUAAAUAAGUUAUAGCAGGCAUGAGCUAGCAUGGUCUUAGACCAACCAGAAGAAGAACAUUAUACAUUUAUGUACUGGAUGAUCGUGUUACUAGUCGUUAGUUUCUUAUAUCAAUAUUAAAAUAAACUUUUGUUUUCCUAUUUUCCCUGUUUACCGAA